AUGUAUUAUCCCACGUUGGAAGAUUUUCGCGAGGCAGCGAAAUCAGGAAACACAAUACCGGUAUACCGAUCGAUUAUGGCGGAUAUGGAGACGCCGGUGUCUGCUUUUUACAAGUUGAUGCCAGAUAAUUAUGCGUUCUUGCUCGAAAGCGUUGAAGGUGGUGAAACCCUUGCGCGUUACUCUUUUUUGGGGAGUCAACCCUCGGUGCUUUUCCAUAGUAGAGGACAUCAGGUUACCAUUGAGUAUUUGGAAAAAGGCGAAACCGUAGUUCAGGAGUAUGAAGAUCCGUUGAAUGCUCUUGAGGAAUUGAUGCAGAAUUAUCGACCUGUUGACACUGAAGCGUUACCAAAAUUCCACGGUGGUGCAGUUGGUUAUAUGAGUUAUGACAUGGUGCGCUUCGUUGAGGAGUUGCCAGAUAAUACCGAAGAUGAACUGCAGAUUCCGGAUUGCUUUUUCAUGAUUGCUGAGACGAUUUUGAUAUUUGAUCACGUGAACCACCAGAUCAAGGUUGUGGCGAACGCGCAUAUUGAUGGAGAUGUGGAUACGGCUUAUGCGGAUGCUCUUGCGAAAAUUGAGGCAUUGGUCGAGAAACUUACAGCUCCUUCCGAAGCGCAUUUACGCAGGAAUAGUGGUGAACAUCAGGAGCAGUAUGAUAAAAUCAUAUCCGCCCCGCAAUCGAAUUUCACGAAACCCGAUUACGAAGCUGCGGUCAGGCACGCUAAGGAAUACAUAGCUGCAGGCGACAUCAUCCAGGUUGUGCCUUCGCAGCGGUUCAGUUGUCCGGUGUCCGUAGACUCGUUCGAGAUAUAUCGGGCAUUGCGAAUGGUCAAUCCAUCACCGUAUAUGUAUUACCUGAAGUUUGAUGGUUUUGACAUUGUAGGGGCAUCACCAGAAAUGAUGGUUAGGGUAGAGGACGGAAUCGUCCAAACCCGCCCAAUUGCUGGAACACUCCCGCGCGGCACAACUGCUGAGGAGGACCGGGAGUUGGAGCAGAAACUUCUCUCCGAUCCGAAGGAACGGGCAGAACACGUCAUGCUCGUUGAUUUAGGACGGAACGACCUUGGUCGGGUCUGUGAAUAUAACACCGUUGAGGUGACCGACUUUAUGAUAGUCGAACGCUUCUCACACGUGAUGCACAUCGUUUCACACGUCAUUGGACGAUUACGCGAAGAUCUUACGGCUUUUGAUGUCCUGCGCGCGUGCCUUCCCGCUGGAACACUCUCUGGUGCCCCGAAGAUACGCGCAAUGGAAAUCAUUGAUGAACUUGAGCCGACGCGUCGGAGUACGUACGGCGGAACAGUGGGUUAUUUCAGCUUUUCCGGCAGUGCAGACACAGCGAUUACUAUCCGAACGGCGGUUAUCAAAGAUAGCACCGCUUAUGUGCAAGCAGGUGGUGGUGUCGUUGCGGAUUCAGUGCCAGAAACUGAGUAUUUACGAAACCGUGAGUAA